UUCACAACUUUUUGGGGGUAUUCAGGCUAUGAUUAAGGAGGUGAAAGAAGAAAUGUUGCAGGAUUUGACGGAGAAUCCUCACGGGUUCAUUGCAGCUUCUGCUUAUGAUACUGCAUGGUUAGCCAUGAUUCAAGACCCUGACUAUGGAGAUAGUGAACCGGCUCGACCCAUGUUCACUGGUUGUUUGAACUGGGUGCUGAAAAACCAGACAGAAGAAGGGUUUUGGGGGGGGAGCGCGAUGCUCAUGGCAACCCCACCAUUGAGUCUCUUACUGCAACUCUUUCUUGCAUUAUUGCACUCAAUAGAUGGAAUACUGGAAAAUCUAAUAUCCAGAAAGGGUUGGUUUAUAUAGAAGAAAAUGCAGAGAAAUUUAUAGAAAACAUUUAUGAGGGAUAUUGUCCUCGUUGGUUUGCCAUUAUUUUUCCUGGAAUGAUCGAAAUUGCACGUUCAAAUGGUUUGCAUCUUGCUUUUACUAGUAAAAUCAAUGUGGCAGUAACUGAGAUGUUCUAUAAACGACAAGAAAUUCUCGACAGUGAGAAAUUAGUUGAGUCCGAGCAGUACGGUUAUCCUCUAUUAUCAUACUUGGAAGCAUUGCCCUGGACAUAUGAAAUUAAUCAAAAAGACUUGGUUAAGCAGUUGAGUGAUGAUGGAUCAUUAUUCCGAUCGCCUGCUGCCACUGCAAAAAUUUUUAUGCUUACUGGGAACAAGAAGAGUUUAGCUUACUUGAAAUCUCUUGUUCGAAAUUCUUCUGAUUAUGGAGGUAAGCUUAAUCUAUUACUGCAUGUCACUGUUAAGAAAUUGUAUUAUAGGUAUUAUCGUUAGAAAAUUAUAUCGUAAAUGUAUUCUAAUUAUAGUAAAAAAGAGAUACUUAUUCUGUUUUGCAUGCCCAGUGCGACCUCUUUAUCCAAUGGACGAGGAGCUGAUAAAGCUUUGCAUGGUUAAUCAAUUACAAAGAUUUGGAUUAACUGAACAUUUCAAAGAUGAGAUUGAAAGAAUUUUGGAACAAAUUUACUGGAACUACAAAGAUCGAGAAUCAAAGGUAAUUGUAAUGACAAUGAACUCAGCCGCACAGUUAUACAAGGACUCGUUAGCUUUUAGAAUAUUUCGGAUGCAGGGAUACAAUGUAUCAGCAUCGAUGUUUUGUUGGUUCUUAAAUGACGAAAAAUUUCGGAACUACAUCGAAGAAAAUUGUCAAAGCUGCUCCGCUGUCAUGCUUAAUGUUUAUAGGGCAACGGAUCUUAUGUUUGCCGGGGAGUAUGAAGUUGAGGACGCAAGAUCAUUUUCAAAAAAAUUACUACACAAGGCUCUACAAAUUGCCUCUUCCAAUCAGUUUAAUUUUGACAGUGCAGUCCCCAAUUUUCAUACAAUGGUUGAGUAUGAACUGAGAAGUCCAUGGAUUGCUCGGUUGGAGCACCUUGAACACAGAAUGUGGAUUGAACAGAAAGACUCGAAUGCUUGCUGGAUGGGGAAAGCAUCCUUUCACAGGCUAUCCAAUCUUCAAAACGACAAACUUAUCCAGCUCGCUAUGAAAAACUUCCAGUUUCGACAAUCAAUAUAUAAACAUGAACUCGAUCAUCAGCUAAAAGGGUGGACAAGAAAGUGGGGAUUUGAUAAUAUGAGUUUUGCUCGGGAAAAAACCACAUUUUCCUACUUUGCCAUUGCAGCCUCCACUGCAUUACCUCAUUACUCCGUUAUGCGAACCACCGUUGCCAAGGCAGCAAUCCUCAUCACAGUUGCCGAUGAUUUUUUCGACAUGGAAGGGUCUUUACAUGACUUGCGAAUCCUUGCCGAUGCAGUUCAAAGAUGGGAUUCGAAUGGCUUGAGUGGUCAUAGCAAGAAAAUCUUCAAUGCACUUGAUGAUCUUGUUACAGACUUUGCAAUAAAAUAUCUCCAAUACCAAGGGAUUGAUAUAACGAACCACGUUCAGGAUCUAUGGAGAGAAGCAUUCAUGUCAUGGCUGACGGAGGCUACAUGGAGCAAGACCGAAUGCAUACCAUCCAUGGAUGAAUACCUGCAGACUGGCAUGAUCUCCAUUACUGCACACACUUUAGUUCUUCUAGCUGCGUGUCUCAUGGAUCCAAGUUUACCUAAACAAAUAAUCAAGUCAUUCUCUCAUGAAUAUCAAACUGUUACCGAAUUACUCAUGUUGAUAUGUCGUUUGUUGAAUGAUACUCAAAGCUAUAAGAAAGAACAGGAGCAAGGAAAGUUGAACUCAGUGUUGCUCCAUACGAGAGAGAAUCCAGAUGUUAAGAUUGAAGGCUCUGUCGCAUAUGUUAAAGAUAUAAUUGAUAAAAAGAACAAAGAGUUCCUUGAACAUGUUCUAAUGGAUUAUCAAAGUAACAUGUCUAAAUCUUGCAAGCAUCUCCAUUUAUCAAUUUUCAAAGUGUUUCAAAUGUUUUUCCACUCCUGCAAUCGCUAUGAUACAGAUUCAGACAAACAAAUUCUUCAAGACAUCCAAAAAGCAAUUUAUCUUCCUCUAGCUGUUCAACCCUCAAAACCAUGGAAGCAGCAUUCUUUUCCUCAACUUCCUCAUCAUGUAAGGUCUGGAUGGAAGAAAGAUUAUCAGCUAAGAAUCAACUCUCACAUCGCUUUACCCUUCAAACAGUAUCAGAACAGCAGGAGAAAUAUUGUUGCUCUGCACCAGAUUUCCAAAUCACCUCUUCAAGUGUUGGCGUAUAAUAACAAUAUAUCUUUACUCAAAAAUUUUAUCUGAAUAUCUUUAUUUUGUCAUAAAAAACAAUGCAGAUUCCUCUGUAUGCUAUGUAUGUGUAUUAUAUAUAAAUGUCUCUAUUUCUGUAAGAAAUUAGUAUUUUAUUGUUCGAUCUUUGUAAGAAAUUAAUAUUUCGCGAUUCAAUCUGAUAAAAUUUAUCAAAAAUAAUAAAAGAAGGAAAGUGAGGAAAUACCUCAACACUUUCUUCUCUGCAUAAAACUUACAUUGUUGUUGCAGCCAUCCUCUUCUUCUUCCCCUGUUUUGUUUUUCUGUUCUCAUCUUUUUAGGAUUUUAGAGUCUUGUAAACUGUAACAAUUACAUAUAGGGUUGCUCUUUC